CAGACUAUAUAAACUCUGUUUUGCCUCUUACGAGUCACAAGCAAGCAUCAACAAUGGAGCAAACUUUCAUCAUGAUCAAGCCUGACGGCGUCCAGAGAGGACUCAUCGGUGAAAUCAUCUGUAGGUUUGAGAAGAAGGGUUUCACUUUGAAAGGUCUGAAGAUGAUCAGUGUAGAGCGUUCUUUUGCUGAGAAGCACUACGCAGACUUGUCUUCAAAGCCUUUCUUCAAUGGACUUGUUGAGUACAUUGUGUCUGGACCUGUUGUUGCUAUGAUCUGGGAAGGAAAGAAUGUUGUCUUGACCGGACGUAAGAUCAUUGGAGCCACAAACCCAGCAGCUGCUGAGUCUGGAACUAUCCGUGGUGACUAUGCAAUUGACAUUGGAAGGAAUGUGAUCCACGGAAGUGAUGCCGUCGAGAGUGCACAGAAGGAGAUUGCUUUGUGGUUCCCUGAUGGACCUGUCAACUGGCAGAGCAGCGUUCACCCUUGGAUCUAUGAAUGAUCUGUUGCUUUUGCAGUAGUGUGUUUUCGAUAUUCUCGACAUUGUUUGCUUUUGUGAUGACUCCUGUGCUUUAAGUUGAAUUUGAUUCUCCCUCUA